AUGUCAAGCCCACUGGGUCUCUCGCAGUCCUACCCUCUCGUAGAUGAAGACGCUCUCGACGAGCGACUCAAUGAGCCAUCAACUGAAGACGAUGCACAGCCGUCAACAUCGCAGCUGCAUCACAGCCCUCCUACUUCACAGGAAGAUCGCUGGCUAGGGAGUGAUCCCCUUUGGCUGCCGCCCAUGCUGUUUCACUCCAGUGAGUUCGAUAACAUCUCCACCUGCAAUAACGCACCACCGGUUACGGUCCAUGGUCCUGCCCUUCCCAGUGAUCAUCUGCACCAACUUUAUGAUGACUGGGGUGGCAUCGUGCAUCACGGUAGACCAGGCAUUGAAGAAACUGAAGAUGCGCAACCCCCGACGCUUGCGCAGCGUGCGAGAGAGAUGGCGGGGCUUUAG